GCUCCACCACCACACAAACAACCUCAGAGGAAACAACGUCACUGACAGCAUUUCCUACUGUUAUUUACUAACAUUUGACGCUGUUUGCGAAGAUUUAGUGUGUUUUUAUUGACAUUUCCGACAUGGCUUCUAGCUUCAGAAAACCCAGUGGCACCAGUAACCAGAGGAAAAGAGCGGGUCCCAAACCAGAGCUGACAGAAGAACAGAGGCAAGAAAUUAAAGAAGCCUUCGAUCUGUUUGACACAGACGGGUCGGGGACUAUAGAUGUGAAAGAACUGAAGGUUGCUAUGCGAGCUCUGGGCUUUGAGCCAAAGAAAGAGGAAAUAAAGAAGAUGAUUGCUGAUAUUGAUAAAGAAGGAACGGGCACAAUCGACUUCAGUGAUUUCCUGUCUAUGAUGACACAGAAGAUGAGCGAGAAGGACUCCAAAGAAGAGAUCCUGAAAGCAUUUAGACUUUUUGACGAUGACUGCACAGGCAGAAUCUCCUUCAAAAACCUCAAGAGAGUGGCCAAAGAGCUCGGGGAGAAUCUCACAGAUGAAGAGCUACAGGAAAUGAUAGACGAGGCAGACAGAGAUGGAGACGGUGAAAUUAAUGAGCAGGAGUUUUUAAGAAUCAUGAAAAAGACAAGUCUGUACUGAAUCGAUCCCCCAUGUCCUUUAAGCUGUAUCUGUAAGACUCUUAAAGUGUUGAUUUGUGUUGCUAUCUUUUCUAUGAGGUUGUAAAAAUAUUUUAAUGUAUAAUUAUUUUGUACGAUAUUAAAUACACAGUAAAAAUGUAUUUGCUGUA